GCCGCCGUUUUUCAAUCUUCCCGUCGAGCCAAAACGACGUCAGGCUAAAUACUUCUCCCCUCGCGGUCCAAAAACCCACCUCGUCCAUUUUCCCGGGAAAAUCAGCCCCCUGUCCACUUUCCCUCUCUUUUCCCCGAGAAAAUCUGGAAAUGGAGAACUCGACCCAAGAGUCCCACCACCUGAGAUCCGAGAACUCCGUGACCCACGAGUCCCCCUACCCUCUCUACGCCAUGGCCGUCUCCUCCUCCCCCUCCCGCCACCACAACCACCGCAUCGCCCUCGGAAGCUUCCUCGAGGAGUACACCAACCGGGUCGACGUCGUCUCCUUCGACCCGGACUCGCUCUCCAUCAAGACCCACCCGGGCCUCUCCUUCGACCACCCCUACCCGCCUACCAAACUCAUGUUCCACCCCCCUUCGAGCAACCCCUCGAAAUCGGACCUCCUGGCCUCCUCCGGCGACUAUCUCCGCCUCUGGGAGGUCCGAGAGAACUCGAUCGAGUCGGUCGCGGUCCUCAACAACAGCAAGACGAGCGAAUUCUGCGCCCCACUGACGUCGUUCGACUGGAACGAGAUUGAGCCCAAGAGGAUCGGCACCUGCAGCAUCGACACCACAUGCACGAUCUGGGACAUCGAGAAGAACGCGGUCGAGACGCAGCUGAUCGCUCACGACAAGGAGGUUUACGACAUUGCCUGGGGCGAAGCUAGGGUUUUCGCUUCUGUUUCCGCUGAUGGGUCGGUGCGGAUCUUCGACUUGAGAGACAAGGAGCAUUCGACGAUCAUUUACGAGAGCCCUCAACCCGAUACUCCGUUGCUCAGACUGGCUUGGAACAAGCAGGACUUGAGAUACAUGGCCACUAUUUUGAUGGACAGCAAUAAAGUUGUGAUCUUGGACAUAAGGUCGCCGGCGUUGCCAGUCGCAGAGCUCGAGCGGCAUCGGGCAAGCGUUAAUGCAAUUGCGUGGGCUCCACAUACUUGUAGGCACAUUUGUUCGGCCGGGGAUGACUCUCAGGCGCUCAUUUGGGAGUUGCCCACCGUUGCUGGUCCCAAUGGGAUUGACCCGAUGUCGAUGUAUUCUGCUGGGUCCGAGAUAAACCAGUUGCAGUGGUGUGCAGCGCAGCCGGAUUGGAUUGCUAUCUCGUUUUCAAACAAGAUGCAGCUUUUGAAAGUUUGAGGGAGUCUUGUAGCUAAAGUUGAUAGCUUGGAAGUGUCUGACUGCUGAGAGCUGGUGCAGGGUUGGGGUUUGCAUGCGUCCACUUAAAGUUGAUAUACUAAAAUGGAGUAUUUAGAUUUCUCUUUGUUUAAUUGUGUGGCUUAGCCACUGUAGCUUUCUAGCAGCACGUGACUUAGCCUCCUCUUUUCUGUAUAUAUGGUUAUCUUGUCAGCAACUCAGUGCCAUAUAAAAUGAACCUGUGUUCUAUUAUCCCCAUUAUAUCUUCCAGCUGCUCAAAGCAGCUUCGGCAAUUCAUGUCCUGAAAAAUGGCAUUCCUUAUUUUAGAAGUUAAAAACCACAAGGGCAAGUCAAGUUGAAAGCAUUUGGUUAUGGCCAGAUGGAUUGAAUGUUUUUCCUCCAGCCACUGUUUAGAUGUUGGGCCCUUGUAGAGUUUGGAAUUCUCUGUGUUGUCGGUUGAGGCACAUGCAUUCUCAAGUGAUGUGGUUUGAUGUUCUUGCUCUUUCAAAACCUGUUCUUUAUUGCCUUUGCUGCAUCUGCUACCUCCGACUGGACACUAGAUUGAUAAUUUCAUACUGUUUCUGUAAGCGUGGGAAAGGCUGAUAAGUCCUGAUGAGAUUGCUGAGAUCUCAUUUCGGUGACUGAUAAAAUUAACCAAGAAGCUUUUCAUUUUGAUACUGCAGUGCAUGUGCCCAUAAGAUUUCUUACCAAGAUCUUUUGUUAUUUGUCUGUCCUUUCGUCCUGGUAAAUCAAGCCAUCAAAAAGGUCUUGCAACAUGGGAGAGCUGCUUAACUAAGUGCUGUCACCAUCCUGCCUAACAUUAGCAUUACCAUGAACGAAAACUUUGGGCAAAUUUGUUAGAUACUAAGAGGAUGAAGCUGCCUUACAUCCUUCUAUCCAGGGCUAUUGUUGUCAGUUAUCCUGCGCACAAUGCAUUUUCCACCCUCAUCUUGAUUUAAACACUCCAAGACUGUUGUGACUAAUUUCCUGAUUCAGUCGGCUUAUCUUUGCCUAUCCUUUUUAGCAUGCGUGGUGUCAUAUCAUGAAGUUGCUAUUUUUAACUUUCCGCAGAGACGACUACUGUGUAGCUA